GGAAACAGAGGGUCGCCGCCGGCAGCUGUGUUUCACCGGCGUCGACGAAUAUGACAAGAGGUGGACUUUUAUUUUGGAGGCGAGGUAGAGGAAGGAAAAGAAAAGGAAAGUGGAUCCGUCGGUUUUUUUCGUGUCCGACAGAAGAAGGAAAGAAGUUCGAGGAAGAAAAGGAUAAAUCGAAGAAAGAAAAAGACCUCCCAAGAAGUCUCGUCCCGCUCCUCCUUUUAAGAGCUAAGGGCUCCUUUUUUUUUUAUUAUAGAAAUUACUACUUGUUCCCCAAGUUUGCAACAGUAGUGGGU